ACGGAGUGGGGAGGGUGGUGGACGGACCCGUGACGUCUCUUCUAGUACCACCGUCGUCUGACAGAGGAAGAGACUAGAUCCGUUUCUCUUAAAGAUUCCAAGACACCCGGAGGCGAUUUCUUACUUGGAAGAAAGCCGUUAUCGGACCAGGGAAAUCCGGGAGUGUUGCAAAUGCCUGCCGCUUCCUUGGGGGCUGAACUGCUUCUCUGCUUUGGAUACGCGGCCUGAGGCGGCCUCAGCUCUCACUUAAGAAGCUGCUGCCUCCGUCCCUAGAUACUCGCCGCACCGCGUCUCAGGAUUUCCAGCAGCCUGAGCGCCAACGAGGAACCUCUGGACUCUGUCACAGUACCGAGGCUGAAGAUGUACUGGACUCUGUCCUUAGGCUUGGUCUGGAAGUUUGGCCUCUCCCUGCUGUUGCUGUUCAUCGUCAAGCUCUGCAUCUGGUACUGGCGACGAAUCCGAGCCCUGCGCUUCUUCCCAGCACCCCAAACACAAUGGCUCUAUGGCAACGUGAAGGAGUUUUCCAAAGAAAAAGACCUACAGAAGUUUAAGGAGAUGGUGGAAAAAUACCCCUGUUGUUUCACCAUUUGGAUUGGGCCCUUUAUUCCAAAUGUACAUAUCUAUGACCCAGAAUAUGUGAAGACUGUCCUUAUUCGAAAAGAUCCCAAAGCUCCGCUGCUCUCCAGAUUCUUAAUCCCCUUCCUUGGAAAAGGCCUUCUGAGCUUAGAAGGUGAGAAAUGGCAUUACCACCGGCGCCUACUGACCCCAGCCUUCCACUUCAACAUCCUGAAGGACUACAUCUACAUAAUGAGGAACACUGUCAGCCUGAUGCUGGAUAAAUGGGAAAAACUCAGAACCAAGGACAGUUCCAUAGACGUCUUUGACUUUAUCUCUUACAUGUCCUUGGACACUUCCUUGAAAGCUACCUUCGGUCUCCAGGAUUUCAAUAAAGAAGAAAGCUUAUUCAGCUAUUUCCAGAAUAUGAACAAACUUCUAUAUCUUGUGAGGAAGCGCAUGGAAACCUUCCUCUAUUACAGUGAUUUCAUUUACAAGCUGACUUCUGACCAUUAUGAAUUCCAGACUACCUGCAAAGAAUUAAAGGAGGAGCCAGCUAAGAUCAUCCGGCAUAGGAGGGCACUCCACAACAACCAGAGUGAAAAAGACAAGGUUCCAAAGAAGAAGUACCUGAAUUUCCUGGACAUUCUCUUCCAAGCCAAAGAUGAAGAUGGAGGAGGCUUCACAAAUGAAGAACUAGAAAACGAGGUAAACACAUUCAGGUUUGCAGGACAAGACACUGUAGCUGUUGGAUUCUCCUGGACCUUAUACUGCCUGGCCAUGAACCCAGAAUAUCAAAAGAAAUGUAGAGAAGAGAUCCAAGGUAUUCUGAAAGAUGGAGAAUCCAUAACCUGGGACCAUCUUACCCAGAUGACUUACAGCACCAUGUGCAUCAAAGAAUCCUUCCGCAUGUAUUCACCUAUCCCCAAAGUAGCCAGGACACUCAACCAGCCCAUCACUUUCCCAGAUGGACAGACUUUACCUUCAGACACGACUGUGACCAUAAACAUCUGGGCUCUGCACUACAACCCUGCAAUCUGGGAAAACCCAAAGGUCUUUGACCCUGAAAGAUUCACCCCAGAGAAUACUAAGAAGAGACACCCUUAUGCUUUCUUACCAUUUUCUGCUGGGCUCAGGAACUGCAUUGGGCAGCAAUUUGCCAUGAAUCUAAUAAAGGUGAGCCUGGCCCUGACACUGCUCCGCUUUGAGCUACUUCCAGAUCUUGAGAAGCCUCCAAUCCCCAUAUCCCAAAUAGUUCUCAGGUCUACGAGUGGUUUCCACUUCUAUCUAAAGCCACUACGUUAGCUCAUCUGGUUCAUGAUGGUGGAUAUUAUGAUGUGAGGGAGAAAUCAUUUCAGCUAUAGCCAGUGAUACAAACAGAGACAUGGAAGCAUCGGGGCAGUCGACUGAGGGUUUCAAUCUUUUUCUCUUUGGAGUGAAUUAUACAGUCCUAGAUUUGGGCAGGGGCUGAGAGACUCAGGAUUUCAAGAGAGAGCCUUCCUAACAUUUUACUCACUUAAACCACUGUUAGCGAUAGCGAUGAGCCAGCCUGGGUCCCUUGAAAGCUCCCAGCAAUAAACCAGGGCUAUGGUGUCUUGCAGUGCUGGGGAAAAAGUUACUCAGAAAGUGAGAAUUUCAGCACCAGUAAUCCACAAAGCAGAUAAUCAAAUGUGACUCUAUUGCCAUUUUAUUUGGACCAUGAUCAAGAGUGAGCACAAUUUUAAAAAAAGUGUCUAGGUUGGGCUUUCAAGUAACUAAAAUAUCUGGAACUAAUGAUGUCGCUCAGAGAUGCAUGGUGGAAGGUAGAAUUGCCUGAAGAAAGAAAUCUGCUGGAUUGCUAGUGCAAGGAAGAGUACCAAGAAACCAGAGUAGGAGUAGGUACCGGUGAGGGUUUGGAAUAAUUUCCUCAUUACCAGACUGUUAAUGAAAUCCCAAAAGCUUCCAUUUAGAGGGAGAUCAAGCUAUGUUUGAGUUUUCCAUCCACCUCGUGUUGGGAAUCAAAGAAACUCUGAUCAGGAGCAAGGAAAUCCAAUGAAGGCUGUGAACUUGAAGCUGGAUGGGUAUGUAGCAUUUCAGUUCUGGUCUCUGCUAGGACUUUCCUGCACCCCCGAGGGGGAUGUGACUCAACUGGACUUAACUGUGUGGAAUUUUUCUCUCUGUGGGAUCAGAGAAGGAUAUUGAAACGCCUUGCCUCCUCCAACCUCAUACUUUUCACCUGGCCAAGACAGGAGACAUUCACUCCAAAGUUUUUUUCCUUUCUUUAUGUUUGUUAAUAAAUUCUGAUGGAAUUAGUACUUACCAUAUACAUAUAUAAAUGAAAUUGUUAUCACUUACAA